CUUGCGUGAAAUUCUGUACUAAUUCUGUGUCAAUUUACUCUACAGGUUUUUUUUUUCAGACGUUAUAGUGUCUAUGCAUUCUCUGUAGAACAGUGGAAGGCAGAUGUAUAUUUUUAUUUUUGUGUUCUGGAUGCUUAGAUAUCACUGUUAGAUUAUUAUGUCAACGGAACUUGAAUGCUUAAAUAGCGAUGGUGACAAAGUUGCCACACUUAAAGAUGCUUCUACUGAGAAACCGAGUGAUACAAAAGAUACUGGCCUUGACAAUCAGGAUUCAAGCUGGCUAGAAACAGACGUAGAAUGUGUAAAUCAGGACCGAGGUGUAUGGGCAAACAAAUUCGAGUUCUUUUUGGCAAUAAUGGGUUACACAGUGGGUAUAGGAAGCGUCUGGAGAUUUCCCAUAAUUUGCAGUCGAAAUGGCGGAGGUGCCUUUCUGAUACCGUUUUUCUUUUUCCUGAUUACAUCUGGUGGACCUCUAUAUUACCUGGAAGUUUGUCUUGGACAAUUUACUGGACAAAGUGCUGGGCUGGCAUUUGAGUUCUGCUCAUUGUCUAGAGGCUUAGGUAUUUUACAAGUGGCGUUGUCAUUGUGUGUUCUGUGGUAUCUAAUAUCUAUAAUGGUAUGGGUAUUGUACUUCCUGUACAGUUCAUGCUUCUCCGAGCUGCCCUGGACAACAUGCAACAACCCUUGGAAUACAGAAAAUUGUACAGAGAUCUUGGAAGUAUUAACGGGACGAAAAACAGAACAGGAUAUCUAUAACACAAGUGUUUCAUUGUUAAAUGAUUCAUUUUACACAGUUACAAAUACUGACAACUUGUCCGUACCAAAUCUGCCUUUCAGCUCUUCUCAGACCAAUCAUUCAAACGUCUCAACUCUAAGAUCAAGUUCCUCUGUGUAUGAAUUUUGGGAGUACAAAGUGAUAGGACGAUCACGUGGUCUUGAAGACAUGGGAAGUAUACAACCACACCUGGUGAUCUGUCUAUUCCUUGCCUGGCUAUUCUGUGUUGCUGCAGUUAUUAAAGGUGUCAAAACUCUGGGCAAGGUCGUUUAUGUGACAGCGACAGCUCCUUACGUAUUUUUGACGAUAAUAUUCAUAAAAGCUCUAACUCUAGAUGGGGCUAUUGAUGGUAUAAAGAUAUUUGUUAAACCAGACUUCUCCAAACUUUUGACAACUCAGGUGUGGUUAGAAGCAGCGGUACAAGUGUUUUACUCAUUAGGACCAUCCUGGGGAGGCGUCAUCACCAUGUCAAGUUAUAACAGAUUUCAUCAAAAAUCAUUCUGGUCAUCAACAAUAUGUGUUGCAUUUGCCGGUUUUACAGCUUUCUACAAUGGGAUGGUUGUAUUUACGUUGCUAGGAUUUAUGGCGAAAUCAUCUGGUAUGACAGUCACAGAAAUAGCGAAACAAUCAGGUCCUGGUCUUGUGUUCGUGGCUUUUCCAGCAGCACUCAGUUUGAUGCCGUUGCCCCAACUGUGGUCCGUGUUAUUCUUCCUAAUGCUGAUUGCCGUGGUCUUCGACAGUCUUUUUGGUAUGUUGGAGACAGUCACCAGUGGAAUUAUAGACCAGUUUCCACACCAGUUGUUGGAUAGAAGGAUUCUUGUCAACAUCAUUACCGGACUUUGUUUCUUUAUCACCGCACUUCCGCUUACAAUGAAUGGCGGAAUUUACAUCUUCCAGUUGGCUGAUUGGUAUUUUGCAUCAUUUGCCUUACUCAUUGGAUCUUUGUUCGAGUGCAUUGCAAUAUGCUGGAUAUAUGGAACAGAAAGAUUUGCCCGUGAUAUUUACAUUAUGACAGGACGGACAGUAUCUGUAAUUCUACGUAUAAUGUGGACGAUCUUGAUCCCUUUAUUUGUAACGAUAGCAUUUGUAGCCUUGCUUACAAAGUACUCAGAGCCUGCAUACGGUGAUGGGUAUGAGUACAGCUCCGGCGCCGUGGCUGCCGGCAUUUUCGUCGGUAUGAUACCAAUCAUUGCAAUGGUCGUUGUAGGUAUUGUGUCUGUACUCAGGCAGAAAGGAUCGCUUUUAAAGCGUUUUAAAUCCAGUUUAAACCCCAGUGAUGGAUGGGGACCUUACGAACAAGGCACAAGACGGAAGUACGAGAUGAAACCUUACAUUUAUCCGUCAACAUGGUGGCAAAAGCUCGUUGUAAACAUUACAGGGAGAUAAAUAAUGUGCCUGAUAAUUGAGUUCAGACAUGUCGAAGUGACGGUUAGAUGGUAAUCUGAAAUAAAAAUCACUUUAGGUAAUUUGCAUAUUCAAACAUUCAUUCAGAUGAUGUUACAGAUGUGAUAUAUCUUAAGCAAGCAGACGGGUAUAAAACAUAGUGUUGACUUUAUAUAACAUGUGCCCUAUAUGUGUUUUUGGAGUGUUUGGACACAUUCAAAUUGUUGUUACUAUGAUAUAUUAUAUAAAGUAAACAAAAUCGAGUGCAUCGUGUUUAUGUGACAGCAAUGCCUAGUUGAGAGGUGUAGAAGAUUCGAGGCGUAAGGAAUACCAUGAUCGUGUUUGAAAUAUUUGCAUACACGUGAUUUUGUCUUUAAUUUCAAGUGUUUAGAUACAGCUUUGGCUAUGUGUUAGUUCUGCUUUAAAACAUUAAGACUGAUCAUUUGGUCAAUGACACUUAGGCAUGAUCACCAAGGAAUAUCUAAUUAAAUUUUCAAUUACUUUGCAUUUUUAAUAAUAAUAAUCAAUUACAUUCUUAUUACUUCUGUUUAUAAAUUAAACUUACAGAUAACUAGACAGACACCAUACUUUUGUUACAUCUUAUUUUUAUAACAUGAUUUACUGUCAAUGAGAUUAAUAAGUAUAAGUUUUCAAAUGAAAUCUUGUUUUCCCAUCCUUUGCACUAUAUGCUUGUGAACUUUAUUGUAUGUAUGUGAUUUAUGUACAUGAUAUAUCAAUGAAAUACUUUUUAAUCAAAAUGUAAAUGCUCGCGUUACAAUAACUUUAUUAAUGCAAUCAAGAGUACUUUAUUAUUUCUUUGAUCACUUUACAGUUUUAGACUAAUACAAACAUUUCUGCGUACACUUUUCCGGUUAGCUGGUUAUUUAGUAUUUUAAAGUACGGGCAACAAAGGAUCUAUAAACAGUUUGUUGAUAUUUUCUGUAAUGAUACUUCCUAAGAACAUGAUAAAUAUAAUAAUUUAAGGUCUUUUUGAUCAAAUAGAAAAAGUGGAAACUCCACAGGUCGCUCAACUGGACGAAAACAUUAAUUGGGAAAAAAACAGUUGCAUUAACAUACAUUUAGGUUACACAUAAUAGGUGUUUAUUAUACAAUGUAUCACAAAUGUUAUUUACAAUUUACAUCUAGUUACGGUUCAUUACUGGACAAUUCUACUAGCCGAAGCUUAUCCUAUUCUUACAGUUUCGAACUUCUUACAUAGUGUGACAUUUUAUGUCGUUUACAUGGAAAAAACAAGUAACCUUAGAAAAAACUUGGACACUGUUAAGAUGCAUUCUCUUAAAAUUAUAUAAUACAUUAAUUUAAAUCUGUAAUGUAGAAGAUUUUGUAGUACUUUCAAAGUUGAGGUAAAUCCUUGAAACAAUCAGGUCACUUGGUCAAAGGCAUUAAAAUUUACUCUUUUUCGACAGAAACUGAUUUGAUUUUCAAAGAUAAUAAACGCACCAUACGUUAUAGAAAUUGCAUACACUUGGAAGUGUGAAUGAAUAAAUUGUUACAUGCAGAGAAGUAUAAAAUACAUAGCUCUUUGUUAUAUGAAAUCAUACACCAAAAUGCACUAAAGACAAUAUUCUUGCCCAGAUUCGUAUAAUCUUUAUGAGGUACUAGUAUGUGAUUAUUAAAGCAGGAACACGACUAGUGCAGCAUUACGACUAUAGCGAUCCAUAUAUUCCUGUAAAAGGAGUGUCGUUAAUUCUUUUAACUAAAUUGGACUGUAAAUGGACUUUCAAGAGAGCAUAAUUUGUCUUAUUUGUCACGAUAAUGUCUGUAAAUAUAAUGAACGUUCCAGACUUACAUUCAUAUAUCAUGACAUAAUGAGUCAAAUAAACGGAAAUCAGUAAUAACGUACCGGGAAUAAAAGUAUCAGUGUAUAAAUAUAAAGGAUUCAUGUUAGACACUGAUUUUAUUUUAAUAAUAGUCAGGUUGUUCUAUUUUACAUGAUGCCUGAGAAGAUUAUAUUAACCACAUGAUUGUUUACACCCUGCACCAAAUUCAAUUAAAAAACACAGGACUGCAUGUUUGGGAAAAAACGUAAAACUCUUGACACAUUUUUUUUCAGUUGCAAGACUUUUUAUUUCGAAUAUUGUGUAUAAUUACCCGUCAUGCAUAUGUUUUUGUCAUAUAAAAUAGUGUUUGCGUGUUUAAACAGGUAAAGGGUUUUAUUUAUGUAGGCAUUCAAAAUUAGCUUUCAUUAUAUCACGUAUUUGAAAUAAAUUCAACAUAUCUGCAUGCGUUUCAAGUAUGUGUUACAAUCUUGUCUUAAAGGAGAGUCUGUAACCUUCUUGUUGCGAUAUCACUUUAAAGUGAUAGCUUAUCAAAAUUGAUCGAAAACAAAUUGUUUUGAUGUCACCUGCUAUCUUCUUUGUUACCUCAUAAGUGUCCAGGUUAACCUAUUAACUACCCGUACUAGAGCAUUGUCACUGAUUUUGUGUUUCAAGUAAACAUGUAUAUACUAAGUUAAUACUAAUUCAUUUUAGCAUGAUUAUGAUGAAAGCUUGAAGCUUAUUUGAAUUACCCUCGAAUCCGCUUCCUCGAAAAUCCAGUACUUCUGCAAAAGAUUUUAUUUUAAGCUCUUUGCUAUAACUAGUUGUCAUGUUCAGUGAAAAAGUAUCGACACAAUGUUACUAUACUAUAUACUUAUUCUCCUUCUGCAUGGACAUCAUCUUGUAUUUCUAAAUAAAGGAUAUCCAUCAUCCUAAUAUUACCUAUCCACAAACAGUCUCAAUUAAACCGACCCUGCAACAUUUUCAUAUUUGUAGUGUUGGCCGACCAGUGGAGUUUCGUUUCCAAUUUUCUAUUUUUUCCCGGGUGAAACGGGAAAGAACGCCAUGUAUAAAUUGUCUGUGGGCAAUCAGAAGAUUAACUGUCCAUUAUACUAUUAAUUUAAACUUUUUGGGCUAGUUAAUGAAAGCAACAACAGGAUAGUGGAACAUCAAAAUGAAUCUCGUAAAUUUAAAUAGACAGACAAUAUCAUUUUGGCAAAGAGAUUUCUUCUACAAAUAUAAAAUGGAACUUAUUUGGAAUUCAAGGUUCAGUUUUAUAAAAUAGAAUUAUUAGAAAAAAUAAAAUUUCAUGCAGAUAUUUUGUUGUUGAUGUACUAGCAACACUAAUCACUACAUUAAAAACAGAAAUCGUAGUGUUAAAAGGUUUUACAUUCCUGAAUGCGAAGUAGAAUAAAAGAUUCCAUUUUGUGUGCUGCAGCAGUCGUAAGGCUUAGAGCUAGAAGCAUGCAUACUAUUAACAAUGUCUGCAGCCAUUUUCUUUCAGUGUGAUCAUAGACUAUAUUUUCACUGGUAAAGAGGUAUGUUCAUGUACAAAAGCAGACAAAUGUACAAUAUUUUUAUGAAAAUAUUCAAACUUAUCAAUCAGCGUUCAAUAUUUUGUGUGUGUGUGUGUGUGUGUGUUUGUGUGUGUGUGUGUGUGGGGGGGG